CUAACAACAACACCAAAAAAAUUACAAUAAUGAAAAUUUCACGUCACGUAGGUAUUUAUGUAUUUUCAUCAAGAUGGUGAGAUAAAUUAUCAAUAUACAAUACCGAUCACAAAAUAGUUAAUACUUAAAUAUGACUGUGAUGUAGGUUUUAUAACAUUAUAAAGAGCAAAACUACCAAAUUGGCAUUAUGACAACGAGUUUCCGGAAAGUGGAAUCACCGAAACGGGAUCGUUCCCCGGUGCCAGCCCUCCACACCCCGCACUCCACACUCCUCAAGCCGCCCGCAGCCUGCCUCCCGCCCCCCACCCCACGCAAGCCCCGCGCCCGCCCCUGGACCCUCAAGCGAUGCACAGAAACAGUCUGCACAUUCUUCCGAGGGGCCUACCACAGCUUCGGUAUCAACAUCAUCGUGUUCCUCACGCUGCUGGUGAUAGUCAUGGUGGGGUACCCGCUGCAGAGUAUCCAGAAUAAAAUGCAGCCGCCGAAGGAAAUGACUGAGAUGAAGAAGAUCGUUGAGGUUAUGAAGAAAAAGGUGAAAAAUGCUGAAACUGCCUGCUUGAAUGUGGAAGAUGAAUUGUGUUGCAUGCACCUGGGAAUACAAGACCAUAGCACAGACACGGCGGAUAUCCACAACCUUUCCUUCUGCUCCGGCUACUCUGACGCCGUCACCAGUGAAGACACUCGACCUGACCAGACUGACCAAACUAAUCACACUGAUCACACUGACCACACUGCCUACAUCCGGGAGGUUCUGUACCCGGGCCACCUGGCCAACUCGUGCAAGGAGGUCGCCAUCAUGUCCUACCUCUACACGGAUUCCUUCAACGCCAUACGCGUUGGAGAUGAUGACAAGAAUAAAUAAGAAAAUAGUACAUAUUUUAUUGCAAUAAAGUACCUACCUAUUGAUACUUA